AUGGCCUCCGCAAACACUGUGCUGGUCGAUGUCCGCACGCCCGAGGAGUUCGCAACAGGACCACUUCCCGGCGCUAUCAACGUGGAAUACCAGCUGAUUGAUCAACUCCUCGACCAGGUUGAGAUCAAGGACGAUGAUGAGGUCGUUCUUUACUGUCGAUCCGGCCGACGGUCUGCGAUUGCCGCCAUGACGCUCAGAAGUAUGGGACUGAAGCAGGUUCGAGAUAUUGGGGGCCUGGAAGAAGCAAGGGAAACAUUGCUGCGGGAGAGCAAAACUCCAGCCGCUAUGCACGCUAUAGCCAAUCCUUCGCGAAGGAAACAGGAUUCUGAGGCAACCACACAGCAGAGUACAUCGGGAGCUCCUUUACAGAAGUCCUUCAACACGCUUCUGGAGGGUCUCAAGUCACUCGAUUGA